ACAGUACAAUAAAUUAUGUACAAGGUAUAUAUUUUGCAUCUUUCAAAGGAGGAAACAUGCAAACAUCGGUGGGAUUUUCUUUUGGAUUGUUUGCGUGGAAUAAUUACUCCCUCAAAUGUCUUAAUGCUUAAGUUACGAGCAUGUUUUGAAAGUAUAAGUAGAAAGUACUUGCGUUCAAAUGUAGGAAAUAACUGUUACCCUGGAAUGCACCUAUCUACGCAUGCGUACCAAAUGCUAUUGCUGUAUAUCGUUGGAUUUCGUCUUUCGUUCGUAUUUAUUUACCUUUACGGUACUUUACAGUAAUCUGACUUUAAUCCUGUAAACCGAAAGCAUCGUGUUUAAAAUAACAUUAGCUUGGGGCAAAAACUCGCUAGCAGAAGUUCCCAUUUUAGCCCGUUUGAUGGGGUUAAUGUAGCAUCUGGCACAAGCUAACAGCUGGCGGUAAGUAAAACAAACGUUCAGCUUAAUGACUGAUGUGUUACACAGUUUCCUGACCAUCUGAAAGUUAUGUUGUAUUUAAACGGCACUAAACUUGUUAAAGAGAAAUGUAAUGCUGAGGGUGUAGGAUUUGUUAAUGUCCUCCUUGACUACUCCGGUGACCCAGUAGUGGUAGGUAACCAACAAACUCAGUUUUUGUAUUACUAUACAACAAGAAGCGGGUGUUCAAUGUAUUAGAUUGCAAUAUCUCAUACCAUGGGACAAUGGUCUGUACUGAUAAUAUUGACUUUACGAUUCCUCUGCAGCCAGCAGCCGAUCGGAGAAUGAUCAAGUUCGUGCUAAUGGUAAACCGACAGGGUCAGACCAGGCUGUCCAGGUAUUAUCACUCUGUGGAGCUGAGCAGGAGAGCAGCGCUUGAGGCCGAUGUAGUACGCUACUGCCUGAGCCGCAAGAAAGAUCAGUGUUCCUUUGUGGAGUACAAAGACUUUAAAGUGGUUUACCGCCAGUAUGCUGCUCUGUAUAUCGUGGUGGGCAUCACAGACAGUGAGAAUGAGCUGUCCAUCUACGAGCUGGUUCAUAACUUCGUGGAGGUCUUGGAUAAAUACUUCAGCCGGGUGUCUGUGUAUUUCUCCCUACAGAGUGAACUGGAUAUAAUGUUCAAUCUGGAUCGAGUUCAUAUCAUCCUGGAUGAGAUGAUCCAGAAUGGACACAUUGUGGAAACAAACAAGAGCCGCAUCCUCGCUCCCCUCACCGCCAUUGACAAGAUGGUGGAGAGCUGACAAAAAGAAGAAAGGGAGUCACGGACUGUCCUUCAAGCUCGAGGAAUGGCCCACAGCUUACUGUAUGAAUUUA